UUAAGACGAAUUUACAACGGCAAUUUUCGAGUUUUGCAUUGCGGACGGAGUUACACGCUCUUCUCUACUUCUAACCCUCCUCCCCCUUCACAACCAUAGCCAUAGGGUUUUUGCAAGUGCAUGGUUGUUCUUUCUUUCCAAGAUAGAUAGAAGCCUCUCUUGCUACAAUCGGGAUCCAGUUAGGCAGCUAGGAAAAGAAACAGGGCAAUUGGUACAACCGAUUUGGUGCUUGAUCGCAGUUAUCGUUUGGCCUGAGGAAGGGCUGGGCCUUUGAUAGCUCAGGGAGAAGUUCAGACCUACCAUCGCUUCAAAUUCUUGGGGGCAUCACCUCGAUUUCCAGCUCCAGCUGCGUGAAGAUCAACAGGAUGAUGUCGUUUUGAGCAAGAGGAACCCAGCACACAAAUUGGUCUGGCCUAUAGAAAAAGAAAAAAUAGAGAUGGAGAAUGGAGAAGGCAAUUUAGAAAGCAAAUUUGCGGGGUUGACGGUGACUGAUCCCUACAAUAUCAACGGUAAUGAUGGAUUGUUUCAGGUUAUGAAAGCAGUCGAAGCUGCUGAGGCCACUAUCAAGCAGCAGGUGGAAGAGAACAAUCGUUUAAGAUCUGAACUUCAGAAAAAAACUGAGGAGCUUGUGAGAUAUAAAUCAGGUGGUAUGAAUUAUCAAAGUCCUCCAUUGGGUGAUCGAUGGGCUGACAAUGUUAAUGAAACGGGUAGAGCUGAUCAAAUAGUUCUACAUUUAGGAAAUCAAAUAGGUGGGGUUGGAGAUGCGGACAUCAAUUCUGAACAUGGUUUACCAAGGUGUGUUGUUCUUCAAACAGAUAUUGUCCAAAGUAAUAAAGAUCACGGUAUGAAAACUCAAGUAGGAAACCAAUUUUAUAGCAGCAACGUCAAUGGAUCAUUGAACAUGGUUCAUGGUGGUCCAGUUGCACCGGACAGUUCAGGCCUCUCUCAGUUUGUGUCACCAUCUAUAACAUUAUUUACUCCUACCAGGUAUCAGCAAGAAGGAAAUCCGGAUCCAGAGGUUAGAUAUCCUGGAAGGGAUUCAGUUUCAAUGGCAGAGGUUAAUAAUACUACUGUUUCAAAGCAGGAUAUUGCUGUAAAGGUUCAGGAACAUGAACAGGAGAUUUUACAAUUGAGAAAACAUCUUACAGAAUUCUCAAUAAAGGAAGCACAAAUUCAGAAUGAGAAAUAUGCCCUGGAGAAGCGUAUAUCAUAUAUGCGUCUGGCCUUUGAUCAGCAACAACAGGAUCUUGUUCUUGCUGCAUCUAAAGCAAUUUCUUACAGACAAGACAUAAUGGAGGAGAAUGUUCGUCUUACAUAUGCAUUACAGGCUGCAAAACAAGAAAGAUUAACAUUUGUUUCUUCUUUAAUGCCUCUUCUUGCGGAAUAUUCUCUUCAGCCACCUGUUGCCGAUGCCCAAUCAAUUGUCAGUAAUGUCAAGGUCUUGUUUAGGCAUUUGCAGGAACAGCUUCUUGUCACUGAGGGAAAGCUGAAAGAGUCCCAGUACCAACUAGCGCCCUGGCGUUCUGAUGUGAAUCCCUCCAACUUUGCUCAGUCGCCAGUCUAUCCUAUUGAGAUAAAAAAUGGGCUGGAGCUGGUCCCACAACCAACAUAUUCUGAUGGAAAGAUGCCAUCUUCAGAUCGUCAGACAUCAAUGGUUGAAGAUAUAUUAGGUUUCCCUCAAAGUGGACGGGAAAAUUUGAAGAAUUUUGAGCAUGAUGAAUUGGAAAGGCAUCCGCCUCUUGCAAGCAGUAACAUUGCAUCGGACGAAGUACCUUCACAACUUGUGUUUAGCCAGGCUGAACAACAUACUGUUCGAAGUAAUGAAGGCACAGUCGGUAAGAAAGUCACAUUCGGCGACCUUGUUAGAAGUAGCGAGAUUGAUGAACCUGAGAAUAGGGGACACCCAAGUGAUAGAGAACCUUCAGCUAAUUGGAAUUCUAAAGCUUCAGCUACAACAACUAUGGACGAUCCCAACUCCUCAUAUUCUCCUUAUCUACCCCCAGUUCUUGAGGAGCCAUCAUCGUCUUUCUCUGAGGCUGCAGAUGAUGAUCCACUACCAGCAAUAGAGGGUCUUCAAAUUUCAGGUGAAGCAUUUCCUGGACAGCAACUCCAAGCAUGUGGAUACUCCAUAAAUGGAACAACCAGUUGUAAUUUCGAGUGGGUACGGCAUUUGGAAGAUGGAUCUUUCAAUUAUGUUGAUGGAGCGAAGCAACCAAAUUAUCUUGUUACUGCUGAUGAUGUGGAUACAUAUCUUGCCAUUGAAGUACAGCCACUGGAUGAUAGGAAACGGAAGGGUGAACUUGUGAAGGUCUUCGCUAAUGAGCAUAGGAAAAUUACUUGUGAUCCUGUUAUGCACAAUUGCAUAGAGAAGACCCUCUACACUGGUCAUGCUUCGUACAAGCUCUCCCUUUCGACUGGAUAUCUGGAUAUAUGGGAGCCAGCUACAUUGGCCAUUAAAAGGGAUGGUUACAGCAUAAAAUGUAGCGGGCCUAGUGGUGUUGUAGUGGCCGAGAAGUUCUCAUCAUCAACAAUUGUCUCUAUUCCAUAUGGAAGUCCAACAGAAUUCUCCAUAGUUGAUUCCCAGGGGACUGAACGCAUUUUGAGGGUGGAUGCUAACUCGACAGAUAUAAGUGGAUCAAGAGAUACAAUCGUCCUGACCUUGAAGUUAUUCAUCUUGAAGGUACAAUUCCUGCUUGUUAUCAUUCUGCCCGAAAACAUGUGGGCCAUGUGCAUGUUAGGAAAUCCUCAGAAACAAACUGAUCCUCGUAUUUCCAGCUGGUGAAAAGAAGAAGGGGAAGAAAAGAAGCCUGUUCUUCAACAAGUGAACAGCCGUACAAAACCAAUCAUCCACAUCUUCAUCGUUUACUCGUGCUGAUUUUGAGGAUAUUUCUUUAAUACAUGUUAUUUUUUUUGCUCUAGGAGUAUGUUGUAGCUUUGUUACAAACUACAUUUCCUUAGCAGACAUUGUAACUUGUAUAGUAUCAAUUUGGGUUUUCAUUCAACUCGAGAAGCAAAUACAAUAUACCCUUCUUUUUGUUUGCAGAA